AAAGCCGUGUGAGAGCUAUUACUAUUAAUUAAUAAUAUAUAUAUAUUCUAAUUCUCCCCGUCUCUGUUUUUUGUCAUCAAGGAGGACUCCUCUUUUUCUUAUCCUCUGUUUGAUCUCUUGCUCUCCUCUUGUUACAAAUAGAGACGAAGAACUUCUCAUUCCCUUUGCUAGGUGGACUUAUCCGUUCAUUGAUUCCUUCACCCAUUCAACUUGGUUUCCAUCCUCAUCGACUUUUGCAAUGGGGAAGUCCUCUUCUCUUCUUCCUCUCUUCCUCUGUUCUCUUCUACUUUGCCUCUCUAUUUUCCAUAUCAAGCAUGUUGAUGCCUUUAGGACCGCCGAUGGAUCGGAGGAGUGGGGCUAUGUUCCAGUUCGGCCGAAAGCUCACAUGUUCUGGUGGCUUUACCGGAGUCCGCAAAGAGUCGACCAUGCUUCGAAGCCAUGGCCGACAGUACUUUGGCUGCAGGGAGGACCUGGAGCUUCGGGUGUCGGCAUCGGAAACUUCCAGGAGAUUGGCCCAUUGGAUACUGAUCUGAAGCCACGGAAUUCGACAUGGCUGCAGAAAGCUGAUCUCCUUUUUGUGGACAAUCCAGUUGGGACUGGAUACAGUUUUGUGGAGGAUACAACAGCUCUGGUGACGACUGAUUGGGAGGCAGCAACUGACUUAACUGCUCUCCUCAAGAAGCUCUACAAUAAGAAUGAAAGAUUGCAGAGGAGCCCACUCUACAUUGUAGCAGAGUCUUAUGGUGGGAAGUUUGCGGUGACUCUCGGCAUAUCGAUUGCCAAAGCCAUUAAGGCUGGAGAAUUGAAGCUUACAUUUGGAGGAGUUGCUCUAGGAGAUAGCUGGAUUUCGCCAGAAGAUUAUGUGUUCUCAUGGGGGCCUCUGCUUUUAGAUGUCUCGAGGCUAGAUUUUCUCGGUGCAGAAAAAUCAAACAGGUUGAAAUCCCGCAGGAGAAAGAUAUUGAUUUCAUUUUAUUUUAUUUAUUUUGAUCUCAUAUGCCUGUCUUGCUUAUAUGUCAGUUUAGCUGAAAAGAUUAGACGACAACUAGCAGCAGGGCAGUAUUGGCAAGCCACAGACACAUGGAGUGAUCUGGAGGGAGUCAUCACCUCGAGCAGUGCCGGUGUUGAUUUUUAUAAUUUCAUGCUGGAUGCCGACGAAGACCCUAUCUCAGCAUCAACUAGCUUAGAAAUAUCGGAGAAAUUAACCAUGAAGAAGAGUUACUCGACGUACCUCAGUUCCAAGGCUUCCUCCACUGGUAGUCUUGAUGAUCUCAUGAAUGGAAUAAUUAAGAAGAAGCUAAAGAUAAUCCCCCAGAAUGUAAGUUGGGGUGGGCAAUCUGGUGGUGUCUUUGACUCAAUGGUGAAGGAUUUCAUGAAACCCAGGAUUAGCGAGGUUGAUGAGCUUCUGUCUCUGGGAGUCAAUGUCACCAUCUAUAAUGGACAGGUUGAUCUGAUAUGUGCAACCAAGGGCACCGAGGCUUGGGUUCGAAAGCUCAAAUGGGAGGGUAUGAAGGAGUUCAACAAAUUAGAGCGAAAGCCUUUGUACUGCAAUAAUGAUCGAGUUACUAGAGGCUUUGUAAAGUCCUAUAAGAAUUUACGUUUCUACUGGAUCUUGGGAGCAGGACAUUUUGUACCAGUGGAGCAACCUUGCAUUGCAUUAAAUAUGCUGGGUGAUAUCACUCAAUCUCCUGCAGCUUCUUCUUAACAGAUAAAGAAAUGAAGAGGAAAAUCUAUCGUCAAUAAAAGAAUUUAUUUUUUUCAGAAAUGUAUUAUCAAUAAAAGGAUACCGACCAGAAGAAAAUUGGGUCAGUCGUUUAUGUCUUUGUCGUGGCAGUUGUUUUCUUCGAGAACUGGUUAACAUUGAAAAGAAAAGAGAAAGAUGUGUUUGACUGAA